UGUUGAUGUCGUCGUCCCACAUCUCGCUUGCCACUAUUGCCACAGCACCCUCGACGAGUGCUGCAACCGUUGCCCCUCAUUACCUUAACUGCUCCUUUCGAAUCCACUUUGAGAGGCGGAACCAGUGACGGACUCCUGUAACCCGAACUUCUCUUCACUUUUCAACCAUGACUUCCAUGGCGGAUGUUCCGGUGUACAUGUUACCUGGAGUGCCGGUGGUGCAACCGCCUCAUCUCGAGGGUCUUUCAGAUCCGUCUCUUUCAACUGAAAUUUUACCAGGUCCACCUUCCCUGCUGUCUGUUCAGCAGGCUGCGCACAAGCGCGACCCAAAGAAACCAGGAGCUUUUGUGUCAUAUCUGCCAGCAUCUGAUCCGGGCUCCACUUACUCUGGAUUAAUGGGUUCCACUGCCCUCAGCGCCACAGAUGCUGAAGGGCAACGACGCAAACGUGCUAGGGUCGACAAAGGAACCGCGAAUGGAAGGGCUCAGCGUGCAUCUGCUCGCAACUUGAACAGCAGUACUAUUCCUCAGUCGGAUCUCAUCGUCCCUGAAGCAUCUUCUCGUCAACCCAGUAUACCCCCACUACCAGACUCUGACCCUUUUCCGAUAAACCAUGACUUUGACGAACUUUCAAUUUCUCGAGCUACCUCUGCUCCUGCUCUCGAUGAACCUUUGCCGCCUCAACUGCCUCCUCCAGUGGUAUCAAAUGGGAGAGGAAGACCGAGAAAAGACAAAGGGAAAGGAAAAGAGACGGAAAAACACUCUGUAAAGAUCAAGGAGGAACCAAUGGCCACGUACUCGCUCUCCCCUGACCCUUCACUUCCACUGUUGAACGAAGAUCAUUGCUCAUCUUGCCGGUCAUUGGGUGCUCUGGUAUAUUGUGAUGGAUGCCCACGAGCCUUUCAUCUCUGGUGUUUGGACCCACCAAUGGAGCCCGUGGACCUACCAGAACUUGGAGAGAAGUGGUUUUGUCCUAGCUGCACGAUUCGGAAGCAUCCGCCAAACAAACCUCCUCCUUCCUUCAUGUCGCCCCUCAUUCAUCAAGCACAGACAAACAUUCCGAAAGAAUUCCAGCUACCAGAGGAUGUUAGAAGUUUCUUCAAAGAUGUUGCUACUGGUUCCAAUGGGUGUUACGUCGAUAACUCAGAGAUCAAACCACCUCGCCUGAAUCGUCACGGUCAACUUGAGGAGCGUGAACCUUACCGCCUCAAGGACAAGAACGGUGUCCCUGUGCUUUGCUUCCGUUGCGGAACAUCUACCCUUCCCAGUGUCGUUGAUGUAUCUGCUCCACCGGCAAAGCGUUCCAGGAGGUCAACCUCGUCCUCCAAUAGUGCCACCCCCGAAGUUUGGAGAAGCAUGGUGUCUUGCGAUUACUGCAACCUUCACUGGCAUUUAGAUUGUCUCGACCCGCCUCUUGUGGCUAUGCCUCCAUUCAAUAAGAAGUGGAUGUGUCCCAACCACGCAGAUCAUGCUUUGCAACCCAAGCGUCGCGUUCCAAAGCAAAACCCACCCAUGAUAGACAUAACAAAACCGCGCCAGUUUAAUAAUGGCAACAUCGACAUCGUCCACCCACAAGGCGCUUCGAUAGCAGAGAAGUUAGUCCUGGAUGAAAUCCUUAUCAAUGGUCGAAGAUAUAGGGUUCCGGAGAAAGUGAUCAUGCUCGAUUUCUGGAAUAAGAUCAGUAAAGAUCAGUAUCUUGAUCAAAGGCCACCGGUGUCCGCGAUGUCUUCGCCGCUUACAUCCCUGAGCUCUUUGGACGAUUUUGAUGAAAGCAUUGGUACAUUACCAGAAGGUCCUCUUAUCUCUCGAGAUGAGUUGCAUGCUGCUCAGGCAUUGUGCAAUUUCCAGCGAAUGCUGACCAUACAAACAGAACAGAGACAUGGCCCUAUCGGUAGUUCAAGAAAUCUUGUUGAUUCCAGUACACAAACGGAAGCAGAGUUACCGCCUACGAUACCUUUGCCCUCGCAGGUAUUGAGGGCGUCUACUAAUAAGCGCAAAGCACCUAUGAAGUCCGCUCUCCCUGCGGCUGAGAACGGUUCCGUCGCCAAGUCGUCAGUACAAACUCCUGACCAGUCGGCUCCGGUGCGGCCCAAGAGGACGCGAACUGCGGUAAAACAGGAGGCGGAGGAAAUCAAUUUACGUCUGCCUGACAACUCCGAGAAGCUAGCAGAGUCUCAGGGGAAGCCCACGAGAACUACUCGCCAACGCCGGAAGCCCAGACCUUCGGAAGCAGCGAAGGACACCCAGGCCCCUGCGCCGGCAUCUUGUUCCAUGAUCCGAUCUGUGGGUCCUGAUGCUUCUGACUUGAGUAGUGCUUCGGUAUUGCCCACCUCCAAUCCUCACAAAGUCAAUGCACCUAUUACUCCCAAGGCCUCAGUCACAAUCACCCAGUCUGCCCAAUCUGCCACUCCAACGUUGAAGAUACGAUUACCACGACUGAGUGCUGUUAGCGCUGCAGUACAUUCAAAUGCUGCACCACCACCCACGGCACCUGUACACACUGCAGUAAACUCCAAGGAACCUCGCCCGAAGCGCCCAUUACGACGACAGACUUCUGACACUGCUACUGUUUCUUUAAGCGGCACAUCUUCGUCUGCAACUGAUGGUGGUGACGACUUUGAGCCAAGCAAACCCAGCCAAAAAAGAGAAUCCGUGGAUGAGCUCUAUGGACCAUAUUACGUUGUUCCCAAGGAACCCACUAUACUUGCAGGUCGUGAAUCUGUUGAUCUUCCAGGUUACGACCUAUGGCUGCACUUUGUGGACAAUGUUCAUGCAUUCGAUGGGUCCAUUGACAUUGAGCAUUUCCACGACGCCCUGGCAAGCACUUUGCAGAUGUACCCUCAUGCCGCGGGGAAACUAUGCACAACCGGCGGUCGUUGGUUCAUCCAGCUGACAAAUUCCGGACUGGCUGUUGAGGCCGAGGAUCGCAAAGAAGAAUUGUCUACCUCUUUUAUUCAAGGAGACUGGGUCAUCCAAGACGACCUUUCUCCCUUGCUCAGCCAACCACCACCAGAUGCUAUCAUCGUCAAUGGUAGUGCUUCCCUGGUUCGCUUCAAGAUAACAGCGUUCAAAGAUAGGACAUUUCUUGCGGUAUCUUGGCACCAUACUCUCGGAGAUGCGGUGGCACUUUUUCGGUUCAUGCAAACGUUGUCCCUGUUCUACCAAAGGGUCAAGCCAGAUUUUUCUCCUCCAACUUUCGACAAACAUCAGUACCGAACCCCGGAGCCAUCUACAUCCUCAGAUUUUCUUCAACUAUUACCUCAUUUGUGGGUCUCUUAUCCUUUCGAUGAGCUCGAGGCCAAAUAUACCGAGGCCUGCGAGGAUCUGGGAAACCUCAGAUGGAGAUUUCAUGACCAUCAUCUGAAUGCGCUCCACUCCAUGCUCAGUGCCGAUGAGGAGGGCUAUCUUUCGCGGCACGAUUGCCUCACAGCGUAUGUUGUCACUCUGCUGAAUCGUUCUAUGCCUAGGCCUAUUCGCAUGGUCACGAAUGUUGCUAAUUUUCGGCGUGUUGAAGCUCACUAUAUCGCAGGCAAUGUUGCAGGGAAUGUUAUCCAGAAUAUUCCCACCGGCACCCUGCCAUUUAAUAUGCGAGGUAUCGCCAUUGCUGUGCGGGAAUCGAUUGUUCGGUGCCGUGACCAGAUGUUUCUUGACGAUUGGAUGGCUGUGACAAGCGAUAUCAUGCUAGCGACUGUCAAUGCUGGGAAAUAUUUCUUCUUUGCUUCGCGUCCUGGCGUGAUGACAAUCAACUCUAAUGUCGCGAUUGAUUGGUGUGACGCUCACUUCGGGUUCCCUGAUUCUUCCAGUUUUUUCACAACUGGGAUUUCCAAGUUCUAUUUUCGGCCCUUCAAAUCGAACCCCACGCUAUGCGAUGGCACUUGGCGAUCUCGAAAGGGCUCGGUAGACGUAUCUAUGGGUGUUCCGAGAGUACUGAAGGCUAAGCUUGUGGACCGCCUAGCGUUGGAUUUUGAGACUAUCCUUUAUCGGUCACCACGGGACACCAAGCUGCGAAUGGAUGCCGGUGCCCAGCCAGGAGUGACACCAUGAAUAUUAUGUAUGCACCAGAUACUGGUACACCAUAUACAUAAGGAGUCUUUUUAUUAUUCAUUGUUUCUAUAGUCUGAGUCUGUUCUAAUUAUAUCAGCUGUAUAUGCAUAAUUUUGAG